AUGCAUCACUUAUGUAGUUAUGUACUCCUGUGGUAUGGAAUAACAGAUCUCAUUGUAAAAGGGGCAAUUUUAUUAUUAAAUAAAAAUGACAUAAACAAAAGGAAGACAAGUACUUUUGCAAAUUAUUUAGUCUUCUGUGGGGGACAACUAAGAUUCGGGUUCUUAGAAACGUCAUCGGGAUCGAAAUUCAGCUGUGAAUUCUCUGAAAGUGCAUUUUUGGCGUCUUCGCAGAGAGCCCAAGUGCUGCACCCCUAG